AUGUCACUACAAUCUGCUUAUAAGCAGUUUCUAGUUUCCCCCAACCCCUCCUUACUCGCAGCUGAUGCCUCCCUUCAUUUCAUUACAACUCUGGUCACUGUUCAUGGAGCUUCUGAUGUUGUCAAGCAUUUAAAUGGACAGAACCAUCAACUCGAGAAGAAAGAGGAAACCUUCCUAAAUACUGUAGAAGGAACCUCCUCCAUCGCCGCAGAAAUCCACACAACCAUUGAAUUCAAGACAUCCGGAGGAUCCUAUCUACCUGGACUGGAUGACAACUUUCUCGCUGAUCGCACAGUUACCUUUCCAAUCAUCCAUAUCGUAAGUUUCGAUGCCAACGGAAAGAUCCAACAAAUUCGACAGAACUGGGACCAGGGAUCACUUCUUAAAUUGAUUGAUGUUAUCGGAAAGACUGGACGAAACUGGCCAAUCCGGGAUGGAAAGGAUCAGAUAAAGCUCAUCGCAUCAAGCGUCAAAAACACUGGUACGUUAGAUGCUUCUUCGAACGUGGAUCCGCUCGCUCGUGCCAGAGGUAACUCCAAUAAUGUAUUGCGCGACCCGCACGCAAGCCUUUCCUUGUUUACUCCCCGUGAAGAUACUGGAUCCAAGUCCCGUCCGGCCGAAGUCCCAGCCAGUGUAUCCGCAAAGCCAGCACCUCGGGACUAUGAUGAUCUUUUUAUUAACAAGAAUUCCUCGACUGACGAUGUUCUUUCUCCUCCAAAAGCAGGCGCUUCCAAGAAAUUCGCACCAUCUCGACUAUUCGAUGCCGAUGAGGAUGAAAACACCCUAGAUAGCCCUGUCCGCGAGAAGUCGAAGGACCCCAUGUACCGCCCAAAUCCAGCUAGGUAUGAACACUUCGAUAUCACCGAUGGCCCCGAGGAAGAGGAAUCCAUUCGACCCCCAACUGGCAAGGGUGGCAAGGGUCAACAUCAAAGUCAAUGGGGCUUUGAUGAUUUCCAAACACCACAAAAGGCUGUUCCUACUAAAGUUCUUCGCGCAGCUGAAGUUCGCCAUUGGGGUAACAGUGAUGAUGAAGUCUUAGAUAGUCCAGUCAAAUUCAAGAAAGCCGAAAAACCUCGCAAGGAUGCUCAGACUCAUUUUGAGUUCCAAGACGACGCCACCCCUCAGAAGGAUCGUCGUAUCGUUGGAAACCCUCGCGGGCAAGGACACAACAAUGGACUUGGGCUCUACAAAGACAUUCUAUUUGGUGAGAAUGGAGGUGAUACACCAGCAAAGAAACAAACUACAGGUCUUACAAAUGCCAAGGACAGAACCAAGGACCUUAAUCAUUUCAGCAUGGCUGAUGAAUCGCCAGUAACUGAACAGGCUCCUACUCACAUGGCAGGAGAUAGGGCCAAGGCUGUGAAGAUGAUGGAUGCUAACUGGGACACAUACGAUGAAUCACCUAUUGAGAAGAAUGCCAGAAAAGAGAAUGACCCUUCUUCACCAAGUCGCUCCAACUCUACCAAGGAGCCAUUGUCUGAAAUUAACACGACUUCUAAGCGCAACCAGCAAAAUACUGGUAUCAAGACAAUGGGUGAUGGAAUGGGCGGUAGCAAAGGUGCAGGUAGAAGUUGGGGUUUCGGAGAUGAUUCUGAUGGAGAGGAAGCAGGUGGCCUCAACGGUGUAGGAAGCAAAUUCCGCAGUGGUCGUCCUGGCAAAGCCCAAAAUCAAAAAGCUACUGGUGGUGACUUCUGGGAUUUCUAA